GGUUCCGGGGUGAGAUUGUGCUUAAGGCGUCCAAUUCCCGUUUGCAGUUGGGUGAAGUUAGGCUGAAAGGGGAAGGCUGGAGUCAAACAACUUAAUUCAAAUAUCUGGGAACGGUUUCGCGCUCUGCAAGACCCUCUAGGAUUUGUUGGUCCCCCCCAGGGACGGACUCACAGCGACUGACAGCUGCCGGAAGUGAGGCUGCGCGGAAUGGCCGCUGCUGCGACCAUGGCGGCAGCUGCCCGAGAGCUAAUGUUGCGAGCCGGGACCUCAGAUAUGGAGGAGGAGGAGGGCCCGCUGGGGGGUGGUCCUGGGCUUCAGGAGCCAUUACAACUUGGAGAAUUGGACAUCUCCUCUGAUGAAUUCAUCCUGGAUGAAGUGGAUGGGUGUGGAUCUCCGUCACUAUUCAAAGCAGGUUGAGCUGGAGCUACAGCAGAUUGAGCAGAAAUCCAUCCGGGAUUAUAUCCAAGAGAGUGAGAACAUAGCGUCUCUACACAACCAAAUCACAGCCUGUGAUGCUGUUCUUGAGCGCAUGGAGCAGAUGUUGGGAGCUUUUCAGAGUGACCUCAGCUCUAUCAGCUCUGAGAUCCGGACACUGCAGGAACAGUCAGGAGCCAUGAACAUUCGGCUUCGAAACCGCCAGGCAGUUCGGGGAAAACUUGGGGAACUUGUCGAUGGUCUGAUAGUGCCCUCUGCUCUGAUCACGGCAAUUCUGGAGGCACCAGUGACAGAGCCCAGGUUCCUGGAGCAGCUGCAAGAGCUGGAUGCCAAGGCAGCUGCAGUCCGAGAGCAGGAGGCUAGAGGGACGGCAGCCUGUGCCGACGUCAGAGGCAUCCUCGACCGGCUCCGGGUCAAGGCGGUGACAAAGAUCCGAGAGUUCAUCCUUCAGAAGAUUUAUUCCUUCAGAAAACCAAUGACCAACUAUCAGAUCCCCCAGACGGCCCUGCUGAAGUACAGGUUCUUCUAUCAGUUUCUGCUAGGCAAUGAACGAGCAACAGCAAAGGAGAUCAGGGAUGAGUAUGUGGAAACACUGAGCAAGAUCUACCUGUCUUACUAUCGCUCUUACCUGGGGCGGCUCAUGAAGGUGCAGUACGAGGAAGUCGCUGAGAAGGAUGAUCUAAUGGGUGUAGAAGAUACAGCAAAGAAAGGAUUCUUUUCGAAGCCAUCCCUCCGCAGCAGGAACACCAUCUUCACCCUGGGGACCCGUGGUUCUGUCAUCUCCCCCACUGAACUGGAGGCCCCCAUCCUGGUGCCCCACACUGCCCAGCGGGGAGAACAGAGGUAUCCAUUCGAGGCCCUCUUCCGCAGCCAGCACUACGCUCUCCUAGACAAUUCCUGCCGUGAAUAUCUUUUCAUCUGUGAAUUCUUUGUUGUGUCUGGCUCGGCUGCACACGACCUCUUCCAUGCUGUCAUGGGUCGCACACUCGGCAUGACCCUGAAACACCUGGAAUCCUAUCUCACGGACUGCUAUGAUGCCAUCGCUGUUUUCCUCUGUAUCCACAUUGUCCUUCGGUUCCGCAACAUUGCAGCGAAGAGGGAUGUUCCUGCCCUGGACAGGUACUGGGAGCAGGUUCUUGCCUUGCUGUGGCCACGAUUUGAGCUGAUCCUGGAGAUGAAUGUCCAGAGUGUCCGAAGCACUGACCCUCAGCGCCUUGGGGGGCUGGAUACUCGGCCCCACUAUAUCACACGCCGAUAUGCAGAGUUCUCAUCUGCGCUUGUCAGCAUCAAUCAGACAAUUCCCAAUGAACGGACAAUGCAGCUGCUGGGACAGCUACAGGUGGAAGUGGAGAAUUUUGUCCUCCGAGUGGCAGCCGAGUUCUCCUCAAGGAAGGAGCAGCUUGUGUUUCUGAUCAACAACUAUGACAUGAUGUUGGGCGUGCUGAUGGAGCGGGCUGCAGAUGACAGCAAGGAGGUUGAGAGUUUCCAGCAGCUGCUCAAUGCUCGGACACAGGAAUUCAUUGAAGAGUUAUUGUCUCCCCCUUUUGGGGGUCUGGUGGCAUUUGUGAAGGAAGCUGAGGCUUUGAUUGAGCGUGGACAGGCUGAGCGACUUCGAGGGGAAGAAGCCCGGGUUACUCAGCUGAUCCGUGGCUUUGGCAGUUCCUGGAAAUCAUCAGUGGAGUCUCUGAGUCAGGAUGUAAUGCGGAGUUUCACCAACUUCAGAAAUGGAACCAGUAUCAUCCAGGGAGCUUUGACCCAGCUGAUCCAGCUCUAUCAUCGCUUCCACCGGGUGCUCUCUCAGCCCCAGCUCCGAGCUCUCCCUGCCCGGGCUGAGCUCAUCAACAUUCAUCACCUUAUGGUGGAGCUCAAGAAGCACAAGCCCAACUUCUGAUGUGCCGGACCCCGGGAUCCACCGGCCUUCUCUUGGACUUUUGUACCUCGUCCCAGACUCUUCUUCACCGGUGGUUUCCUUACCAGUUUUCCACCUGCCUCCCAGGUCCUUGACAUGCCUCACCCUGCCUUCAUUCUCCGGACCCUGCCUCAUCAGGAUAAGCUGGCUCCCCUUGUUUUCAGGUUCCCAGGACCACUUCCCCCUGGGCUUCCAAAACAGCCUUUAUCAUUUUCCCAGUUUCAACACCCCUCACCCCCGCACCCAAGUUCUCUUCCCCCAGUAAAGCUUUCACUGUCUCAGUCUCUGGUUUACUCUACUCUUGUCACCAUGUCCUGAGGCACAAAGCCUAAACUUUUGGAAUUGGUGGCAAGGCAAGUCAUUGAUUUUUUUUCUUCCACUCAGUGAUUUCUUUUCUGUAGCUUUUUGACCUAAGAUUUCAGAAAGUUGAACACUAACUAAUCCCCUCCUAGCUUGAGAGUUACUCCAAAGCCAGUCUGCAGAAAACAAUAAAUAUUUAAUA